AUGUCCUCUCAGUGGGAGCAGGCCAGGAAUACUGAGGUGAAUAAGCUGAGGAACAUCAAAGACAGUGCUGAGAAACUGGAGCCAAAUUUCAGAGACUUCGCCAAAUAUGAGAAGAAAGGAAAAGCUUUCCGGCAGUACAUGAAGACGAAAUUCAUCAGUUCCUCUGUAGACACAAAACGUACAGAGCUGGAGAGCGAGCUGACAGAGCUGCUGAAGGACGUCCUGCAGGGUCUGCAGGAGAUCAACUCCUUCCUGGAGGCUGUGGAGAAACUAGCUUCCACCUCGCUGGAGGUCUUCACAGAGAAUCAGCUGCUUCAUCUGCCCAGAGACGUCACACUGAAUUACAUUCAGGCCGUGGUUUGGGCUGCGAAAGUAGUCUGUCCUCUCGUGCUGGAGUUUAAAAUGGACAUGGAUCCAUUUUUCCUCCCAAGAUUUCAGAAUUUGGAGGUUCUGGCGUACCAGCUGGAAAAAUACAUCCAGACCACCAGCACCAUCUGUGAGAAGUUUGGGAAAAGUGACUUCAGUGACUUUGACCUGGAAACGGUUGGAGGUCGACCUGAGGUCGACCUGAGUGCUGGUUUACCUGAUGAAGACAUCCAGAGGAUGCUCGAUCACAUUAACCAGCUGGUUGAGAUCAGGAACGAUCAACACUUCCGGAUGGCGUUCUUGUUUCAACAGAAACCAGGUGAACACUUCAUCACUGAGUUUAAGAACCGACAGCCCGGGAUGCUGACAUUCCUGAAGGAUCUGGAGGAAACCGCCGUCCAGUUGGACAUCAUGAACAAGGGAGCGAGGAUUUCCACUGUGGCUGGUAGUUCAGUGGGGGCGGUCGGUGGCGUUCUGUCCAUCGUUGGUUUGGCGUUGAUACCCGUCACCGCCGGAGUGUCCCUGUCUCUGACUCUGGCCGGGGUCGGACUGGCAGUCACCAGCGGCGUCAACAGCAUGGUCACCACUGCCACUGAAAUUGGAGUGAACAAAACACGACAAAGAAAAGCGAAAAACACCUUCCAAAGAUUCAUGGAGGAUGUGCAGAGCAUCGAGGAUUGUUUGGAUGAGGCAUGUCAAGCACACUCCAAACUGAGAGUCAACAAAAGAGAAGCUGGUCCGGGAGUGGUUAAGAUCCUCGGUAAGAUCGGUGCUGUUGGGAAAGGCAUUCAUUCGAUGGUUGAUGCUGCCUCUGCACUGAAGCUUUUAAGAAAUGGGCAGGCUGCAGCAGGUGCUGGUAAAGUGUUGGCCCAGGAGGGGAAAGCACUUGGUGGCAUUCCCAGAGUGGCCGCAGAUAUCCCUGAUAUUGGUCAGGCAGCAGCCAAAACCUCUGUUGCUGUAACCAAAACAGCCCGAGCUGGUUUCAUCACACUCAACGCUCUCUUCCUGGGUAUGGACAUCUUCAUGAUCUGCAAAACCAGCGUGGAUCUGGCCAAAGGCAGCGAGACUCAAGUGUCAAAAUUAAUCCGAGCCAGAGCGGCGCUGUGGAGCUCAGUGAUGGAUUCAUGGCAGAAAACCUUCGACUCUCUGGUCCAAGGUUUGGACACAUUGGAGGAGAAGGAGGCCGUCCUGGAGACGCCGUUUUACCCGAGACAGAGAUGA